UUCACACUGAAACGAGAUACACGUGAUAUUUCGCGUUCGCUUUAUCUGCACGAUAUCAAUUUAAGUGCGUUUUGAAUAAUUAUUUGUUUUUAAUGCAGUUGUGCGCAAGAUAUAAAUUUAUGCUACUUUGAAUUUUUAAACGUGCACUGCAGAUUGUACCUGAUCAAGCACAAUCUAUCGUUAAAUCGUCCAACAAAGAGUAUAAGUAAAAACUACUUAUCAUGUAAUUUGUUAAUUUUUAUUCUAUACCAGUGACUCUUAAGAAAUUGUAUCACUGGUCUUACCUUAUCAAAACUGAUAAUGGGAGAAAAAAAUUCGGAAGGUUGGAGACCUUUUGUAUAUGGAGGUUUAGCUUCAAUUAUUGCAGAAUUGGGUACUUUCCCUCUGGACACGACAAAAACACGCUUGCAAGUACAAGGACAAAAAUAUGAUGAAAAGCUUGCACGUUUGAGAUACUCUGGCAUGACGGAUGCUUUAUUGCAAAUAUCUAAGCAAGAAGGAUUAAAGGGAUUAUAUUCUGGGAUCAGUCCUGCUAUUUUACGACAAGCUACAUAUGGAACUAUCAAGUUUGGAACUUAUUACUCCCUGAAAAAAGCUGUGACUAAUAGAUGGACAACUGAAGAUUUAGUUGUAAUAAAUGUCAUAUGUGGAGCAUUAGCUGGAGCUAUAUCAAGUGCCAUUGCCAAUCCCACUGACGUGAUAAAAGUUCGUUUGCAAGUUACUGGCAACGAAACAAACAUGUCACUAUUUACCUGCUUUAAAGAUGUGUAUAAACACGAAGGUAUUCGUGGGCUUUGGAGGGGUGUUGGACCUACUGCUCAACGAGCAGCUGUUAUUGCAGCUGUAGAAUUACCUAUAUAUGACUAUACCAAGAGUAGAUGUAUGAAUAUAUUGGGAGAUAGCGUUAGUAAUCAUUUUGUAUCGAGUUUUAUAGCUAGUAUGGGAAGUGCUGUAGCUUCAACACCUCUGGAUGUGAUUCGUACACGACUAAUGAAUCAGAGGAGAGUGCAUAUCGUCGGCAAACUUCCGUCAUACAUUUACAGUGGCAGUAUAGACUGUUUACUUCAGACUAUUAAGAACGAAGGAAUUUUAGCACUGUACAAAGGUUUCAUCCCAACGUGGUUCAGAAUGGGACCAUGGAAUAUUAUAUUUUUCAUUACCUACGAACAGUUAAAGCAACUGGACUUGUGAUGCAUUGGGAUAUUAUCAAAACAUUCAAAUUUUUCAUUAGGAUAAGAUUCGGAAGCACGUUCUAAUGUGAACAUUAUUUAAUGUUCCCAAUCUAACAAUUUCAGUUACGUGUGAGUCAUCGGGCGUGAGAGAAAUGUAUUAGUUACCUUGGUACGAAAUAAGCACACGACUAAAAAAUUAAAGUACUUUUCGGCAUUGAUAGAAUCAGGGUGAAAUUCAAAGAAAGAAAGUAAUUAGAAAAGUCGAAGAGCUUCCUAAAGUACAAGCUUCCAUAAAAGGAAUUUUUGCUAGUUGAUAUUGUUAGUAUAAAAUAUUAGUGAAAAUGUAUCAGAAACAAAAUUCUUUAUGAAACUUCUUGUUGCAGACUCGUUUUCUGUUAUUUCCAAGAGUCCUCAUAAAUUUGGGGUAGUCUGUAUACCAAAAUUUGUAGUAAAAUAUAGUGACCACAAAAAAGCUUUAGAACAUCAUGUGUUAGAUAGAAAAAUUCAAUGUUCCUGUUUGGUCUAUUGCAAUGUUUUGUGUAAUACUAGUCAUUGUUAUUAGCAUGUACACAAAUAAUGUUGAUUCAUCUUACUUCCAGUAUUUGUAUGUAGAACUUAUGGUUUGUAUCUUUAGCACAUGCUAGUCAUUUCAAGAAUUUUCAAUAAAAUCAAUACCGAAUGUGAACAGAUUUAACUAUCGUUAUUGAUAUUGUAAACUAGAUUGAUCAAUCCAUUUCUCUUUAAAUUUCAAUCCUUUACACAGUAAUUAUUAAAAAAAUAGUGUAUCACAAUUUUAUCUACAAUAAUUUCCUCUAAAAUAGACUUGUAUUUAAUAAUACAAAUAUUAUGUUCAUAAUAUUUAUUUUAUUUUCAUAAGUUUUUUUAUUUAAUUUCUUGUAUAAUAUGAUCAAUCAUAUAUUAAAACACAUUGGUAUUGUAAUAGUUCUUCCGUUACAUGAAAUUUAUUGUUUUCAUUACGAUAGGAAGACUGAUAAUGUAUAGCUUAAAAAUAUUACUUUGCAAAAAACAAGCGGAAUGUAACAUUACAUAUCACUACAUAUACAAUAUAUUAUAUAAAUUACAUUAGGAUUUUAAUGUUAGUGUAACAACUUAUUUUAUUGAAGAAAACAUUAGGUCUGAUAUAUAGUUAUACUUCAAAUUUAAAAUGCAAAUAUAUAUAUAUAUAUAUA